ACAAAUCAAAAAUGGCGUUCACUCACAACUUGUCUCAGGCUGAAAGGUUUUCGUUGUUACUAUUAGAGCCUGGUGAAAUCUAUUUUGAAGACUUCAGUGUGUUUUAUUACCCUCAGGGACUUCCUGAGGCUGAAGCUAUUAAAAGAAAAGUACGAGGAAGAUUGAAAACAUGCUCCAAAUCGAUUCUUUUUGAUCCCCAAGACAUGUCAUAUCCUAUUAUAAAGUUUCCAAUGCGGGACACAGUAAGGAUCGAAGAAUGGAGUGGAUCGUUAAUGUCAAAGAUUGGUAACCAAGGCAACAUAGUAAUGAUAGAGAGUAAUCAAAUUAUUCAAAUGAAAGAAACUAAUAUUAUUGCUUCUUAUAAAUUUCUGAAGGUCAAUGUCAGUGUGCAAGAGUCAGGUCCAGAGAAUAUCACACUGAAGUGGCAGAAUGGUGUGAUAUCAAACUUUGAAUAUCUCAUGUACCUCAAUAGUCUUGCAGAUCGUAGUUUUAUGGAUUUAACCCAGUAUCCAGUGUUCCCGUGGGUUAUUAGUGAUUACACUAGUCAAGAAUUAGAUCUGACAAAACCAGAUUCAUUUCGGGAUCUUAGUAAACCCGUUGGCGCUCUUUUUGAAGAUAGAAUUCAGAGGUUAAAGGAGCGUUUUCACGAGAUGCCGGAGCCGAAGUUUUUAUAUGGUUCUCAUUACUCAACACCAGGUUUUGUUUUAUUUUAUCUGGUGCGUGUGGCACCGGAAUAUAUGUUGUGUUUGCAAGGCGGAAAAUUUGAUCACGCUGAUAGAAUGUUUAAUAGUAUUCAAGAGACGUGGCACAAUGUUCUGACUGGUGCAACUGAUUUCAAGGAACUUAUACCGGAAUUUUACCAGGAAUCGGAAUCAGACUUCCUACUCAAUAGACAAAUGUUAGAUUUGGGAAUCAGGCAAGAUGAGGUUAAGUUGAACAAUGUGGAAUUACCGCCAUGGGCAAAAGAUUCUGUAGAUUUUUGUAGGAAAUGCCGAGAAGCUCUAGAAAGUGACUAUGUGUCGCAUCAUUUACAUGAAUGGAUCGAUUUAAUAUUCGGAUUUAAACAAAGAGGUAUUGAAGCUGAACUUGCUGAUAAUUUAUUUUAUUAUUUAACUUAUGAAGGUGCAAUUGACUUGGACAGUAUCCAAGAUCCAAAUGAAAGGGCAGCAUUAGAAAAUCAGAUAUUAGAGUUUGGUCAGAUACCAAAACAAUUAUUUACAACACCUCAUCCAGUUAGAUUUGCCAGUGAAACUCAAAAACUUAUAUCAAGUGAUUUGGUAUUAAGCACAGAAUAUGAUAAAUCGUACUGCGGAGCAGGUGACAUACCAGAAUGUAGUGAAUCACUUGUAGAUGGUGUUGCUAUGACAACCAGUGCUGGUAACUGGAAUGAUAUGGAGCAUCUACAUCCUUGCUUUGAUCAUCGUUUACAUAAAGAUACUGUGUCUUGUGUCAAGCUGUCCGAAGACUGCAAAGUUAUAGUAUCAGCAUCACACGAUACAAUGUUAAAAAUGUACUGCUUGGAAGAUCAGAGACAAUUGCGAAGUAUUAAUCUCUCUAAUAUGGCUAUGUCAUCACUGUGUAUCAUGCCUGGUGCUAAGACAAUACUUGUAGGAUGCUGGGACAACAAUCUAUAUCUUUACUCCAUAGAGUAUGGCAGAGUAAUAGACACUAUCAUGGCACAUGAUGAUGCAGUUUCCAGUAUAUAUUGGGAUAAUGGUAUCUUAGUAACCGCAUCUUGGGAUUCUACCAUCAAGACUUUCUUGUUGGCUGCAGGUGUUGAUCAACAUUUUUGGGGAAAUAUAUGGUGA